AUGGCUCUUAUCUCUUCAAAAAACCCAUCAUUUCUCAUCUUCUUCUGCUCUCCUUACAGCCUCUCUACUCUCCCCUCCUGGAAUUCAAACAACACCGAUUGCUGCUCGUGGGAAGGCAUCACGUGCGAUGAGGUCACUGGUCACGUGAUCAGCCUCGACCUCAGUGGCCUUCAGAUCAGGGGUCGGAUUGAUUCUGAAAGCCUCUUUCGUCUUCGGAGCCUGCAGAGGCUCAACCUCGCUUACAAUGAGUUUGCUGCCUCUCCAAUCCCAUCUGGGUUUGACCAGCUCACCAGUUUGACCCAUCUCAACCUCUCUCGGUUGCCUUUUUAUGGCCAAAUCCCGCUGGAAAUCUCCCGCUUGACCAGUUUGGUUUCUCUUGAUCUUUCUUACACUUACUAUAGAAAUGAUUCUAGAAUUCUACCCUUGAAACUCGAAAACCCAAACAUUGGAACACUCGUCCAAAACCUGUCGAAUCUGAGUGAACUGUAUCUCUUCCGUGUAAAUAUCUCGGCACAGGGAAGUGAGUGGGGCCCAGCCUUCUUCUUGUCACUCCCUCGUCUCCACAAGUUAAGCUUACGAGCUUGUGGUCUUUCAAGUUCCUUCUAUUCUUCCCUUUCACAGUUCCAUUUCUUAUCUGAACUUGACCUCAGCUCUAACAAUCUCUCCUCUGCAGUGCCCAGCUUCCCAGGGAGUCUCCACAAGUUGAUCUUACGAGACUCCAUCUAUUCCUCUCUUUCUCAGCUCCAUUUCUUAUCUGAACUUGACCUCAGUUAUAACAAUCUCUCUUCCGUGAUGCCCAACUUCAUAGGGAACUUCUCUUCUUUAACGGUACUGCGCCUUCAAAAUUGCAGCUUGUCUGGAUCCUUACCAUCCUUCCUUGUGAACCUCAGCAAACUAGAGCACCUGGAUCUUUCAUUCAAUAGUUUCAGCGGCCCAAUUCCAUCUUCCUAUGGAAACCAACUUCUUAAUCUCAAAAAGAUCGUCUUGUGGAAUAAUUUGCUUAAUGGGACCAUUCCGUCAUCGCUGUUUUCACUCCCAUCAUUACAGUACCUGGAUCUUGAAGGUAACAAGCUGGGUGGUCGGCUUGACAUUAUCCACAAUGCCUCUUCUACACAGUUGGAGGACAUUUAUUUGGAUCGCAACAACUUUCAAGGAAUGGUGCCAAGCUUUAUCUUUAAACUUAUGAAGCUUAGAACCAUUUCCCUUUCUUUCAACAAUUUUAGUGGUGUUGUGGAACUAGAAUCAUUUCAACCCCUCGAGAACCUCUCAUUUCUUGAUCUUUCUGAUAACUAUCUGUCAAUCAAAGACAGUGGUGGUAACUCCAACUUUGUCUCCUUCCCCCAAAUCAGAUCACUAUCCUUGCGUUCUUGUAACAUUACCGAAUUUCCAAAUUUCUUACGAAAUCAAGAGCUGAUGGGAAAGCUAGAUCUUUCCAACAAUAGAAUCACUGGUGGAGUACCCAAAUGGAUAUGGAAGGUUGGGAAUGGGACUUUAUACUAUUUAAAUCUUUCUCGCAAUGCUCUGCAGAGAAUAGAACCGCCAUUUCUCCAUGUUUCAUUCAGUGACGGGGUUACUCUUGACCUUAGCUUCAACAAACUAGAAGGCUCACUUCCGAUCCCACCACCCUCAACUUCUUUCUUCUCUCUUUCAAACAAUAGUUUUAGUGGUGAAAUCCCUGUGUCAAUUUGCAACACAACAUCCCUUGAAGCCCUCGAUCUAUCUAGAAACUGGUUCAGUGGUUGGAUUCCACAAUGUCUAGGUAAAGUCAGUGAUGGCCUCAAGGUGCUAAAUCUUCAAGGGAAUGCAUUUAGCGGUACCUUGCUUCAAACAUUCAAAAAGGGAUGCAAUCUGCAAACUGUUGAUCUUAGCGAAAAUCAAUUAGAAGGCCAAGUGCCAAGGUCUUUGGCUAAUUGUACAAUGUUGGAGGUAUUAAAUCUUGGUAAGAAUCAAAUAAAUGACGUCUUCCCUUCAUGGGUGGAAGCUUUGUCCCAGUUGCGUGUUCUUGUCUUGAAAUCUAACAAAUUUCAUGGCCAAAUCACACUUCCACAAUCAAAUCAGAGCUUCCCAAUGUUGCAGAUCUUUGACCUCUCUUCUAAUAGUUUUUCGGGUGGUUUGUCAUCAAACAUGUUUCAAAGCUGGAAGGCAAUGAUAGAGGAGGACAAAUCUCAAUCUAAGUUCCUUCAUAGAAGACUAAAUUCAUCACGGAGUAUCGUAUACUAUCAAGACACGGUGACCAUUGUGUUCAAAGGACUAGAAAGGAAAUUGACAAAGAUCCUAACCAUCUUCACAGCAAUUGAUCUCUCCAACAACUGUUUUCAUGGGGUUAUUCCAGAAUCUAUAGGGAUUCUCAAGUCGCUCCGUCUGCUCAAUAUAUCAGGCAAUGGUUUCACAGGCCAAAUUCCAACAUCACUUGAGAACCUAAGGGAGCUUGACUCGUUGGAUCUCUCACGGAACAAUAUUUCAGGGGAGAUUCCUUGGCAGCUGACAAAGUUAACAUUCCUCUCGGUGUUGAACCUUUCGCAGAACCAACUUGUGGGAAGCAUACCACAGAUUAAACAGUUUUCCACAUUCACAAAUAAAUCCUUCGAAGGGAAUUUGGGAUUAUGUGGACCUCCAUUAUCGAGAAAAUGCAUUCCACCACCAUCAGUAAUGCUGACUUUGGAAGAUGAAGCUUCAGAAUUGGAUUGGAAAUUCAUGUGGAUCGGAUUUGGAGUCGGAUAUGGAGCAGGAAUGGGAGUUCUUUUCUGGACCCUGACAUUAUGGAAAAAGGGAAACAAAGAAUAUAAUAAAUUUAUAGAUAGAAUGCUUUCAUUGAUUUUUGUUCCUCGGAAAUAUUUGCUCUGA